AUGCCUCCCGGAUCUGGACAAAAGGGCACAGGCAAGAAGAACUCGGCCGCCAUGCAGAAAGCAAGCCGGAAUUCGACGCCGGUGCCGGCCCCGGCAUCUGCGCUCCCACCGCAGGAGUUUUACGAUCCGGACUACCUCAAUACUAGAGUCAUUUUGUUUUCGAAUCUUGCCUUUGACAACCUGGUGGAUCAGGGCGCCUCUAGCGCUGCCGUCCCCGACUCGCGGAGCAUCGACGCCAUGCUUGAUAAGCUUAAGACGCUCAUCAAUAUCAUGGAGAAGCGCUCCACGUUUUACGACCGCGGAAUGAGAUAUCUGGCCGACGAACGAAAAAAGCGCCCCGAAGACAUGCGUGUGGAUGGAGGAGAACCGGAGACGAAAAAGUCUAAGCAUAAGCGCAAGAAGGGCUCCGAUAACCUUGCGCCGGGCGAUGAGCGAUCCUCUCCGCUGAGGGAUUCGAAACGGAAGCACGUGCGCGACAACGACGACGCCAGCUCGUCGCUCUCCCCCAUCGCCGGCGGAGCAUCACCAAACGCCAUGGAGACCGACGAGAAGCCUAAGAAGGAAGAAAACGAAGAGGAGGAAGAGAGCUCUGAAGACGAGGGCGCACCCCCUAGGCGCGAGCUGCCCCAAGCACAAACAUUUGGCGAAGAUCCAUCCACCUUUCCGGACCCCACCAUUUACGAAAUUUUACCCACCUACGAUGGCAUGCCGGAUGAAGAGAGAAAGAAGAUUUACUCUGUUGCAGUGUAUCCGAAGAGUGAUCUGGCCGAUAUGAUCGCGGGCGACCCUCCGGACAAGGACUUUAGCAAUGCGAAGCCGAGCAGUCAAAUCAACUUUUCGACCUUUUCCACAUACAUUGACCCCUACUUUCGGCCAUUCUCAGAAGAAGACUUGGCGUUUUUGCGAGAGCGCAGCGAUCGUGUGACACCAUUUGUCAUGCCUAAGCGUGGCAAGAGACAUUAUACUGAGAUCUGGGCUGAAGAGGAUGGUGCCAUGUCCAUUGACACACCUCAGCAGAGUCGCGACAAGUUGCCACCAAACCAACCUCGCGGCAGCAUUGAUAAUAUGAAUGACGGCGUAGCUGAGACGGAUGCACUAUCUAUCGGGCCCCUCGCCACAAGAUUACUACAAGCACUGCGACCAGAGUCGCGAACACAGUCCUCCGAUGACAAGCCAACUACAAACGGGGUGACAAAUGGCGACAUCAGCAUGAACGGAGAUAUAAACGGCGACGAGCCGAAUGGCGUCGACGACAAAUCAAGCCCAGUGCCGCCUGCUACCUUCAUGGUGGAGUCAUCAACGGAGUCAUGGAAGAAGGCGACACAUCCAAAGCUUGAGUAUGCCCAGGUUGAGGAGCGGCUUAAACAAGAGCUUCGACACAUUGGAUUUCUUCCACAAGAUGGCAUUGAAAGCGAAUAUGAUGGCCAUUUUGACGACGAGGUCGCGGGCAGACUGCGGCUGCUGCAAGCCAGACUGAAAGAGCAAAUGCUGGUCAACGGCGCGCGCAAGGCACGGCUGAUGGACUUGGUGCGCGAGCGCAUGGCCCACCAAGAAUACCAGACCAUUCUCGAAGAUCUGGACUCGCAAGUCAACGCCGCCUAUCUGAAGCGCACGCGGACAAUGGGCAAAAGCAAGAAGUCCAAGCGUCCCGGAGGUGCAGGUGGGGGCAGCCACUUUGUUGGAGCGGCGGCGGGCAUGGCGCGGCCGGGAAUAGGCGACCUGACCAAGACGCUGAUGGAGCGGCGACGGAGGUGGAUCGACACGAUUGGAUCCGUCUUUGACGACGAGAAUCUGAACAAGGUCCCCAGAGCUGAAGAUCCAGACAGCUCUAUUUUCAAGCCGGACGAGAUGGCGGAGUUGAUAAAGAAGGAGAAGGACCAGUGGGAUGAUGAGAUUGAAGAGGAAUAA